GCUCUGCAGCUUGCAGACCUCCUGUUCUGUCAUGCAGAAGCCUGUACAUGGCUGUAUCAGGCAGGAGCAGCACACAAGCUGUUGGGUGAGUGCAAUGAGUUGUCUUCUGCUGGCUUUUUUCUACGUAGGUAGUUUAUAUGUCUGGUGGAACACCUUACCAAGGGACCAUCCAAGCGUGAUAAAGCGUCGCUGUACCAGUGUUGUUCUGGUGUCUGCAGUGUCUCCUGCGUUUAUGAAAAUAUGGAUGCACUUGGCUGAUAUCACAGUGAGAACACAAGGAGCAAAGCUUUGCCUCUGGCUUUUGAUUUGUUUGGUUGCAAAAAUCAUGCUUUGCUUUCCAAGUGCUAAUCAUUUGAUCUGCUGUCAUUAGGUGCUGCAUCAUAAAUCUUUUUUAGCUCUAACAUGCAUCAGUAUAAUCUCAGUGAAAGGGAUGAUUUUGACCUUGAGUAAUAUCAUGGUUUAUGAAAUAAACCAUGUUAAUGUCACAUCCAUAUAAUAAAAUCAAAGGAAGGUUUUUCAGUUUGUAAUAUGACUUCUCAAUUCAGAAAAUUGCAUUUACUUCAGUGCUGAUAAAUCUCUGCACUGAAGAUAAUUAAGUAAAUAGUUGUAGUUUUAGUUGUAAAGAAAUCUUUUUUUUUGGUAUUUUCUAGUAAAAGGGAAACAAAAUCACACUUUUACAAACAUUGAUUGCUUUAUUGGGUAAAUGUUGUUUAACCUGUGAUACAAAGAAUUAACAGGAGUCUUAGAAAGUUGUAGAACAUAAAAAAAUCAACACUCACAAGCAAAAUCCAUCUAAACAUUAGCAUAUGGAGUUAAACCUAAUAAACACCUGGAUGCUUAUGGAGGCUAGGUUUCAGUACUGUCAUUGUGAUGUAGCUGUAAUACCUGAAUGUAUGGUGUUAAUCUUUGCACUGCAGGUACAAUUACCGAAUGAAUUUUGAAGUAGCAACAUCACUUUUUCUCUAAAUCACGUUGGUUUCUGAGUGCAAUUGCAAAUGCAGACCACAUGCAUUCCAAUGAGGCUCCAAUAAACUCUAUUAAACUGUAAACAGCAAUUGUUAUUUGGAAAACAGAGCCAGUUAAACAGAUAAGUUGAGUUAGUUUCUAUUCUCUGGAGCAAUUCAAAGAGAGCAUGGGCCACAAGCAGCAAGGCAGACGCCAGAGUCCUCACUGUUGAGGAGUCGCUGUGGGAGCUGAUGGGAGUUCGUCUGAAAGGUUUCAUUCCUGCAUCCAUACUGCCUUUGCUACUGACUACAUUUUUCUAUCUGGGGCCCCUGGUUCAGUCUACUUUGGACAACCCUGAUGGCUUCACCGGGGAACUGCAAUCUGCUUUGGAUGUUCAGGCUUGGAGGCUGUGCGUGCAAGACUCAGAGUGGCUCAGGAACCAGGUGGUGGCGCCAGUGACGGAGGAGCUGGUUUUCAGAGGGGCCAUGCUGCCUAUGUUGGUUCCCUGCACAGGAACCACAGCUGUUAUCUUCAUCGCUCCUCUGUUUUUUGGUGUUGCUCAUUUUCACCAUAUCAUAGAGGAGUUGCACCUCGGACAGGGCAGUGUGAGUGACAUCUUCCUGGGGGCAGGGUUGCAGUUUUUGUACACAACUGUGUUUGGUGUCUUUGCUGCUUUUAUUUUCCUGAGGACUGGUCAUAUUGUGGGUCCAAUUUUGUGUCAUUCAUUCUGCAACAGCCAGGGUCUCCCUGACAUCGGUUCUGCUCUGAACCACCCUCAGCGUUCAGCAGUGCUCAUCAGUUACCUGACUGGAGUCCUGCUGUUUCUGGUGCUGCUUUUCCCCCUGACAGAUCCCUUCCUCUACGGAGCCAGACCUGCGUGCAGCCUGGCUGCCUGUCAAGCAUUGGAAUGUUGAAUGAAAAAUGAUUGAAUACACUAUAGAGUCAUAAAACAGAAAAACAAUUAACUCAUUAUUUUACGUGAAUGUUAUUGUUUUCCAUAAUAAUUAGGACUUUUCUGAAAUGUGUGCAUGUGUUUUGUGGGUGGGCAAGGCAGGAAAAAGAUCCCAGCGCUUCAGACAUUUCCUGAAUUGUUCAAAAAUAUUUCCUACUAUAUGAAACUCAACACCAGCAAAUAAGUCACUGGCUACAACAAAGAAGCAGGGGUGUGCAUGUGUGCAAGUAGAAAAAAACAGAUGUAUGAAGGUGAAGAAGCCCGAAAGGAAGGCGAUGCAGGGCACGGUCGCAAAGAAAUAUGCAGAGGCAGGCAAAAUGAGCAGACAUCGUUGCCAAUAAAUACACAAAUGGAACCAAAUUGGAGACACGCAGCUAUUUAAAAUCAUGUUUGUAAGGCAGACAAGGCAAUGAAAGCCAGAGGAAGACUUAAACAGAGAAGAGUGGAAAACAAGCUUCAGCCAGAAGCAAUAAGAGCAACGCCAGCAGAUGAGGAGACUCAAAAAGAAAAGGUGGAGUGGGUGGAGCAUCGGAAGAAAGGUUGUUCCUCCCCAAGGAAAUAGAAAAUGUGGAGUGGUAGAGCAGAGGAAAAAGGAGAGGUCAUUCAGAAUAUGUGGAAAUGUCUGGGAGGUGAAAGGUUCUGUUGAAGCUCCAGAUUUAUGAGGCAGGCUUAUGAGUAAUAAUUGUAAACAACAUAAACUUCCAUUUAUAUGUCUUUCCUGUUCCUCACACUGAUGUUUUUCUUUAUUUCUAGCUAUGUAUCAUCAGGUGGUCAUUUUAAAUUAUUCCGUUUCACCUGACCUACUUUUUAAAGACUGAAUGACAAAUAAAACAACAACUGCAACCAA